GUGGGAAUGAGGAGAUCUUCUAAAAGUUUUGAUUAAUCAGAAGAUAUCAAUCAGGAGAGUAAAUGCCCAGGAGGCCCCUCCCCGAUAGGGAAUAUCCAAAUGUUCAGGAGACGGAUCGGGAUUAUUGGUCUCAGGGUCUAUUCCUGGUUCCAUAUUUACUGGUACUCUUAACUUCUCCCUCUGACUCCUCACCCUGAUUGGACCUGUUGUUUGGUGAACUUUGGUCCAUUUCCCCAUCAAACAUUUCCUUCGUCCAAAUCUUGGUGGUUGCUCACAAUCCUGAAUCCCCACGUGAGGCCGUGUGAAUCAGAGUGAAGUGAACUCUGUCACAUGGCGGGACACACAGCAUAAAUACCCGGAGCCUGAAGGAGUUUGGAACAGAUAGACUCCGGGUGACCAGGACUUCUAGUCAUCAGGUUCAGGCUCUGACCGAGAAGCUAAACUGCGUCAUUUGUCUGGAAUUCUCUAAGGUUCCUGUUUGCCUCGAUUGCGGCCACAAAUAUUGUCGGUCCUGUAUCACCGGGAGACGGGAAAAGCAGGGAAAAUCCUCCCGUCCGGAAUAUCGCCAAGGUACUGCAAAGAGGAUCCUCAAGGUCAAUUGGGCUCCCUUCGACGGCGGCAAAAACGGUGACCCUCUGAGGAUCUGUCGGGUGACGGAUUGAUGAGGAGGGAACCCUCAGUGGGUUUCACAAUCAGCGGGUUUCACAAGAAGAGACUUGAGGAGGGUUUAUCCGCCCAGUGACUGGGAGCCGCCCACACACUCGCACUGAAACCAAAACCAGUUUCAAUCAGCAUUUCCUGAGUAUCCAAAUGGCUUCCAGACUCCAGGCUGAGAGCUUGACCGAGGAGCUAAACUGUGCCAUUUGUCUGGAGUUCUUCACUGAUCCUGUUAGUCUGGACUGCGGCCACAACUUCUGUCGCUCCUGUGUCGCCGGGAGCUGGGAAAAGCAGGAGAAAAACUCCUGUCCGAUAUGCCGCAAAGUUACUGCGGAUAGGGAACUCCAGGUCAAUUGGGCUCUGGCCAAAAUGGUGGGGAAAGCUCGUGAAUUCAGUCUGGACCCGACACAGGCGGCAGUUAAACGUCAGUGUGAGAAACACCGGGAGGACCUGAAGCUGUUCUGUGAAGAUGACAAGAAGUUGAUCUGCUCCAUUUGCAGAGAUGCGAGAGAGCACAGAGGUCACAGCUUUCUGCCCAUUGACGAAGCUGCUGAAAUCUACAAGGAUCAAGUGAAGUCCUCCAUAGCUUCUCUCACACAGAGGAAGGAAACUGCUCUACAAACUGAAGCCAAACAGAGAGAAAAGAUUUCACAAGUUAAGGAACAGGUGAAGAAUGUACAGACUCACGUCAAGGCUGAGUUUGCUAAAAUGCACCAGAGUCUGACUGACAGAGAGCAGCGAGUGAUGGGGGAUCUCAGACAGCGAGAGGAGGAGAUUCUAAAGCGAAUGGAGACAACUCUGCGAGAGAUUCGGGGAAAGUUAGAGUCUGUGGAGCAAGAACUCUCCGAGUUACAGACACAGAUGGGGAAAGACGCUCUCACCUUCCUGCAGGAGGAAUCUGCUGCCAACAGAAGGGUCAGUGACGAGGGGUUUGAUCUGUCAGUGUGUGAGGCUGAGCUGCCGGUGGCCAAGUACAAGUGGCCUUUGAAGAACACCGUCUGGAGAGAGAUUAUAGACAGCGUCAGUCCAGCUUUCCCGCUGCGUGUCCAACCAAGACCAACCUAUCAGCUCGUGACGGCUUUGCCUCCACGGAUAACAGUUGCUGAAUGGGAGAAAUCACUGUCUCCAUAUAUCUUUCAGCCCUCCCGGGUCCUGUCGAUGAGCCUGGGUUGUGUUGAUAUCAGCAGUGCCCUGGGACACUGUGGACCAACCUGGCGCAGGAACCGAGGGUUUAUCCGCCCAGUGACUGGGAGCCGCCCACACACUCGCACUGAAAUCAAAACCAGUUUCAAUCAGCAAUUGCUGAGUAUCGAAAUGGCUUCCAGACUCCAGGCUGAGAGCUGGACCGAGGAGCUCAACUGUGCCAUUUGUCUGGAGUUCUUCACUGAUCCUGUUAGUCUGGACUGCGGCCACAACUUCUGUCGCUCCUGUGUCACCGGGAGCUGGGAAAAGAAGGAGAAAAACUCCUGUCCGAUAUGUCACCAAGUUACUGUGGAGAGGAACCUCCAGGUCAAUUGGGCUCUGGCCAAAAUGGUGGAGAAAGUUCGUAAAUUCAGUCUGGACCCGUCACAGACGGCAGUUAAACGUCAGUGUGAGAAACACCGGGAGGACCUGAAGCUGUUCUGUGAAGAUGACAAGAAAUUGAUCUGUUCCAUUUGCAGAUAUGCGAAAGAGCACAAAGGUCACAGCUUAAUGCCCAUUGACGAAGCGGCUGAAAUCUACAAGGAUCAAGUGAAGUCCUCCAUAGCUUCUCUCACACAGAGGAAGGAAAUAGCUCUACAAACUGAAGCCAAACAGAGAGAAAAGAUUUCACAAGUUAAGGAACAGGUGAAGAGUGUGCAAACUCACGUCACGGCUAAAUUUGCUAAAAUGCACCAGAGUCUGACUGACAGAGAGCAGCGAGUGAUGGGGGAUCUCAGACAGAGAGAGGAGGAGAUUCUAAAGCGAAUGGAGACAACUCUGCGAGAGAUUCAGGAAAAGUUAGAGUCGGUGGAGCAAGAAAUCUCCGAGUUACAGACACAGAUGGGGAAAGACGCUCUCACCUUCCUGCAGGAGGAAUCUGCUGCCAACAGAAGGGUCAGUGACGAGGGGUUUGAUUUGUCGGUGUGUGAGGCUGAGCUGCCGGUGGCCAAGUACCAGUGGCCUUUGGACAACACCGUCUGGAGAGAGAUUAUAGACAGCGUCAGUCCAGCUCCGGUCUCUCUGACUCUGGAUCCCGACACCGCCCAUCCCCGACUCAUCCUAUCUGAGGACCUGACCAGCGUGAGGACCGGAGACACACGGCAGCAGCUCCCGGACGGUCCCAAGAGGUUUGAUACCUGUCCCUGUGUCCUGGGAUCUGAGGGCUUCACAUCGGGGAGACAUUACUGGGAGGUGCAGGUGGGCAACAAGACACAGUGGGAUGUGGGAUUGUCCCGAGUAUCCAUCAACAGGAAAGGAAAGAUCACACUGUCACCAGAGAACGGAUUCUGGGUUGUGGUACUGAGAAACGGGGAUAAUUAUUUCGCUGGUACCUAUCCCCCCACUCUCCUGUCCCUGAGGGACAGACCCGGGAAGGUGGGAGUGUUCCUGGACUAUGAGGGGGGAGAGGUGACCUUUUACAACGCCGAUAACAUGUCUCAUCUCCACACUUUCACCCACACUUUCACUGAGAAGCUUUAUCCUUACUUCGAACCCUGUGAAGGUGACCCUCUGAGGAUCUGUCGGGUGACGGAUUGAUGAGGAGGGAACACUCAGCCGUGACCUGUGUUUGGCGGUGAUGGCCACGAGGCUGAACCUUCAUAGUCUGUGUCGCUGUACAAUAAAGAUUGUGGUUUAUGUCACACA